CCGAAUUCAGUAGGUCGCUCGCCACAGCUGGGGGUCAGGUCAUUAGCAUUCUUGAUUCUCAAUAAAGUUACCAAACGAGCGGUCAGGCAGUCGACUUUUAGUUACAAGUUGAAAAUGACCCAAAGCGGUUUGCUGACGGCGCUAUUUUUAUUGCUCUUUAAUGGCCAUAACAUUUUGGCCAAAUCGCUGCAGGAACGUAUUGUGGGUGGAGUGGAACUGCCCAUCAGUGUGUCACCCUGGCUGGCAUCGGUUAGUGUUCAUGGGAGUUAUAGCUGUAGUGCCGCUCUGAUUACUUCCCAGUGGCUGGUGACAGCAGCCCAUUGUGUCCACUACCCGGAUAGGUAUUUCGUGAGAGCAGGUUCCGCAUCACCUGCCGAGGGAGGACAGGAAAGGAAUGUAGCCAGUAUUCUUCUACAUCCCAGCUUUAACCUACGCAUUCUGGACAACGACAUUGCCCUUUUGAUGGUGGACAAGGCUUUUAAAUUGGACUCUAACCUACAACUCCUAAAGCUUCCCAUACCCGGACUUAAUGUGGUUCCAAGGACUCUCUUGGUAGCCGGUUGGGGAACUGUACACGAAAACUCAACCUCUACGGAGCAGCAGCUACGUGGCACUCUGGUUAAUUUGAUUGAUGAAAGGCGGUGCAAGUAUCUCUAUUCGAGGAUUGGUCGUCCUGUCACGGAAAACAUGGUUUGCGCAGGUGCUCCAGGAAGAGACCAUUGCUAUGGCGACUCGGGAGCCCCCUUGGUUCAUCGUGGUAUCACCUACGGAAUCGUUUCCUUUGCCCAUGGCUGUGGUGAUCCACAUUUUCCCGGAGUCUAUACCAAAGUUUCCAAUUAUGUAUCGUGGAUCUUAAGUGUUUUAAAAUCUGAGAAAAAAUAAAGAUAAUCUAUUUCAAUUUCAAGCCGAUAAAUUCCUCUUCAAUUUCAGUGCAGAUUGAAGAAUCGUCAAACAUUUUUUACCUAUAAAUCGUUUAAGGUAUUUUGAAGGGGUAACUUUUG